AUGAUUGCCCAGGUAGUGCGAUCCUUCGAUAACACGCGGAGCGAGACAAUUCAAUUUCAUGCUCCACUGACUUUGAUUGUUGGAUACAAUGGCUCGGGGAAAACGACGAUUAUCGAAUGCUUGAAAUACGCAACCACCGGCGAUCUUCCUCCGAACAGCAAAGGCGGCGCUUUUAUCCACGACCCGAAACUAUGCGGCGAAAAGGAGGUCUUGGCCCAGGUGAAGCUUUCCUUCAAGGGAACUUCUGGGGCCAAGAUGGUGGCUACACGAAGUCUACAACUUACGGUCAAGAAGACAACAAGGCAACAAAAGACACUGGAAGGACAUCUGAUGAUGAUGAAAAAUGGCGAACGAACUGCAAUCUCGUCACGAGUGGCUGAACUCGACCAGAUCAUGCCUCAGUAUCUGGGGGUCUCCAAGGCAGUCUUAGACUCGGUCAUUUUCUGCCACCAGGAUGAAAGUCUUUGGCCAAUGAGUGAACCGUCCGUCCUCAAGAAGAAGUUCGACGAAAUAUUUGAAGCUAUGAAAUACACCAAAGCCAUUGACAAUAUCAAGGCCCUCCGCAAAAAGCAAAAUGAAGAGCUCGGUAAAUUCAAGAUUAUGGAGCAACAUGCCAAGGAGGACAAAGAUAAGGCCGACCGCGCAGAGAAACGAUCAGUCAAGCUCCAAGACGAAAUUGAGGAAUUACGCGACGAGACCCAGAAGAUGUCUAAAGAGAUGCGCCGAGUUGCUGAUCUUGCUGAUAAGGCAUGGAAGGAGUCAGAAGGCUAUGCGCAGGUACUCGGUGCCCUCGAGGGCAAGCGAAUUGAAGCAAAGAGUGUGCAGACUACUAUCGACAAUCUUAAGCGGCAUCUCGUGGAGCUAGACGACUCAGAUGAGUGGUUAGAGUCGAAUCUGGAGCAAUUCGAGACAAAUCAAAUCGAAUAUCAGCAGCAGGAAGAAGCACAAAAGGAAAACUACAUGGUUCUCAAGGAGCGUAUCGAUGAAACUCGGCAUCGACUGGGCUUAAAACAGGCCGAAAAUGGAAAGCAUGAAAAUGAUAAGGCCAAUUUCGAGCGACAAAUUCAAAGACGCCAGGCCAUGAUCAGCGAGGUUGCCCGUAGCAAUAACAUCCGUGGUGUCGACGAGAAGAUGGAUCAACUAGAAAUUGACACUUUCAUGCAGAAAGUCAGACGUUUUCUCCGUGAACAAAAUCAGGCAUUAGAUCGAGUUAAGCGAGAAGCCCAGAGAGAACUUCGCGAGGUCCAAGACACUCUCAACGAUAUUGGACAACGCAAGUCUGCUCUGCAGGAGAGCAAGAAUGCCGCUAAAAGACAAAUCGCGAACAACGAACGCGAGGCAGCAACUUACCAAGGAAAGCUCAAUGAAAUUGAGGUUGAUGAAGGUGUUCAAGCGGCCCUGGAGGCUAAGAUUGAAGAUAUCAAGUCCAGCCUUGACCAUGCAAAAGAGCGUACCAAGACCGCAUCGUGGGACCAAGAAAUACAAGAUCGCAAUACACAGAUACACCAUUUUGAGGACGAGAACUCAACACUGAACGCGGAGUUGAUCGAAUCUACCAAGAAGGCGGGGGAUCUGGCGAGGUUAGAUCAUCUUAAAAAGGAAGCGAAGGACAGAGAGCGUAGCCUGCAAACAAUGAAGGCUGCUCACGGGGAACGGCUGUCAAAAAUCGUUGGAUCAGACUGGGAGCCUCAAACGUUGGAGCGGGAAUUCCAGCGCUCCGUUGACAAGGAAUCCAAGCAAGCAUCUGAUGCGGAGCGAGAUCGCGAUGGCGUCAGCAGAGAGUUGGAGCAUGUUGAAUUCAAGCUGAAAGAUGCGAAGAAGACUCUUAAGCAAAGACAAAAAGAGCUAGAUGACUGUGAAAAAGAGAUUCGCGAAGCCAUCGAUGCCGACCCUUCUGAGUACCCCGAGACACUCAAACAACGACAAGUGAGUUAUGAUUUUGCACGCAAAGAUGCCGAUCAAUAUGCCGGCAUGGGCGAGUAUCUCAGCAAGUGUGUUGAGGCAGCAAAGGCCGCCAAGGUAUGCCGAACAUGUCAGCGAGGCUUCAAAAAUGACGCUGAGCUUCAGACGUUCACCAAAAAGCUAGAGGCAUUGGUCAGAAAGGCCGGCUUGGACGCAGAAGACGACGCGGUCAAAGGUUUUGAAGAAGACCUUCAAACAACUCGCGCUGCUGGUGUAUUCUACGAUACCUGGGUUCGUCUCUCUGAAACCGACAUACCGGAGCUGGAAAAGGAGGAGCAGGGCUUUGAGGCACAGCGCGAUCAACUCUUAGACAGACUUGAAGCUCAUGACCGAACCGUGAGCGACAGGCAAGAGGUUAAGAGAGACGUGGACACUCUAAGCAAGACGGUCAAUACGAUCGUGAGAUACGAUGCCGACCUCAAAACUAUUACUUCGCAAAUCCAAGAGCUUUCUGAGAAACAAGAAGAUGCCUCUGCAGAUCGUACUCUUCAAGAUAUUCAAGAUGACAUCUCGGCAAAUAAUGAAAAGGCACGCGAGUUGAAAAAAACUCUCGGCAGACUCACGACUGAGAGAGAUCAAACCCGCAGCGAGAUCAAUAAGCUGGAGCUUCAACUUAGAGAUGUCAAAAGCAAUCUGGACAACGCCAAAUUCCAGCUAGAGAAGAAGGCCGACUUGCUUGUUCGCAUGGAGGAGUACAAGAAACUCAAUGCCCAACAACGAGAAGCAAUCGAGAAAGCAGAUCAAGACAUUGAAGACUUGACCCCCGAGUUGCUUCAGGCUCAAGCCCGCUAUGACGAUAUCAGUCAGCGGGCUGAAUCUCGUGAACGGGACUUGCAGCAGGAUAUCACCCGCCUCUCAGAGAGUAUUCAUCAGCUUGACCUGGCCAAUGAAGAUAUCAAUUCGUACAAUGAACGAGGUGGGCCAGACCUACUUGAGCAAAGUAAACGAGAGCUAUCUGAAUUAGAGUCUGAGAUCGGUAAACUCGAAUCUGAACAAGGCGAAAUCACCAGAGCAAUUAACAAAAUUUCUGCUCAGCUGAAGGACAGUGAAAACACUAAGCGGCAGUACUCAGAUAACUUGACCUAUCGCCAAGCCAACCGAUCCUUGGAGAGCGUUCUACAAGAAGUAGAGCAACUGGAAGAGCAAAACGCCGAUGUUGAUCGCAGUCGCUUCAAACAAGAGUCAGAGCGUUGGACUCGUGAGCACAAUGCCUUGGCCGCCAAACAAGCCAGCAAGAUGGGCGAAAUGAAAUCUAAAGAUGACCAGUUGAUGCAACUCUUGAAUGACUGGAACACAGACUACAAGGAUGCAGCAUCAAAGUACAAGGAAUCACAUAUCAAGGUCGAAACAACCAAAGCGGCGGUUGAUGAUUUGGCACGGUACGGCGGUGCUCUAGAUAAAGCCAUCAUGCAGUACCACGGUCUGAAGAUGGAAGAGAUCAAUGCCAUAGUCAGCGAACUGUGGCAAAAAACAUACCGUGGAACAGAUGUCGACUCAAUCCUCAUUCGAUCCGACAAUGAGAACGCUAAGGGUAAUCGGUCAUACAAUUACCGAGUUUGCAUGGUUAAACAGGGCGCGGAGAUGGAUAUGCGAGGCCGUUGCAGUGCUGGUCAAAAGGUGCUGGCCAGUAUCAUCAUUCGUCUUGCGCUCGCGGAGUGUUUUGGUGUCAACUGCGGCUUAAUUGCUCUCGAUGAACCAACAACCAAUCUGGACCGUGAUAACAUUCGCUCUCUUGCCGAAUCGCUACAUGAUAUUAUCAAAGCUCGGCAACAGCAAGCCAAUUUCCAGUUAAUAGUCAUCACUCACGACGAGGAAUUCCUCCGUUCCAUGCAGUGUGGAGACUUCAGUGACUAUUAUUACCGCGUGUCCCGUAAUGAGAGACAAAAGUCUAUCAUUGAAAGACAGUCCAUCGCUGAGGUCAUGUAA